AUGUCGGGAUUGAACCCUGGACCUUCAGAACAGAUCAAUGAUACAAAAGAACAGGCCAGUGAUACAAUAGAACAGACUCAUGGUAAUGAUUCAAUAAAACAGACCAAUGAUACAACAGAACAGAUCAAUGAUACAAAAGAACAGACCAAUGAUCCAAUAGAACAGACCAAUGAUACAACAGAACAGGCUAAUGAUACAAUAGAACAGACCAAUGAUACAACAGAACAGACCAAUGAUAAAAUAAAAAAGGCCAAUGAUACAAUAGAACAGACCAGUGAUACAAUAGAACAGACCAAUGAUACAACAGAACAGACUAAUGAUACAAUAAAAAAGACCAAUGAUACGAUAGAACAGACCAAUAAUACAGUAGAACAGAUCAAUGAUACAACAGAACAGACCAAUGAUACAACAGAACAGGCCAAUGAUACAGUAGAACAGACCAAUGAUACAGUAGAACAGACCAUUGAUACGAUAGAACAGACCAAUGAUACAGUAGAACAGACCAAUUAUACAAUUAUAUUUUGA